AUGUCCGCCUUCGCGCCCGAAGAUCCAGACAACGGUUACUCGUACGCCGAGGUCGACGCGGAAACAUCCACCCCUCCAAUCUCUCAAUCAAUGGGCGACGCAGACGCCUCGCACGGCCGGGGUCACUUGAAUAACCCCCUCUUGGGAUCCGAUAAUCCGCUCGUUUCAGAUCUGGAGCAGGAAGUGCUGGAGGAAUACGCUCGAUUGCUGCGGAAUAUCAACCAGGUACGAGGGAGAAGACCUUGUUGGCCUUGGUCUUAUCUUUCUGGGACAAUCUCUUUACAGGAGAAGGAUACAAACAAUCUCUCCGAUAAACUCGCCGACCUCGCCGGCUCCCCCGCCUCCAUGCCACUCGACGGUCUUCGUCUCCUUGAGCGCAAGACUGCGACUGUAUGCACAUUGCUCAAGGCCAGUGUGUAUAGCAUUGUCUUGCAGCAGCAGAUCUGGAAUGAGAAUGAAGAGCAACAGCAACAACAGCAGAACGAGGAUCGACAUUUCCAGGACCACGAGUAUCAGCAUGGAGGAUAUGAGGGGGAUGGAGACGUGACAUUCCAAUAA